CAAGCCAGCCCCAGAACUGCUGAAUGAGUACUCUCGCAAAGUGGAUUUCCUAAAGGGACUUUUAGAAGCUGAAAAAUUGUCAUCUUCAACUGAAAAGGCUCUGGCAAAUCAGUUCUUGGCCCCUGGUCGUACCCCUACAACAACCAAAGAGAGAACCCCAGCUACUAAAACAGUUCACCUGCAGACGAAGGCUCGUUGCACAGGCAAGAUGAGGAGUGAGCUGCUUGGUACAGACCCUCUGGCUAUCGAUGAUUCUGAGGAGUUAAACAUAAGGAAGAGGAGAGGUCUUGCAUCAGAUGAAAAGCAGUCAGCGGUCGAGCUGGAUGCUGUGUUACAGCACCACCAGGAUAUGCAGGAGAAGUUAGCUGAAGAAAUGCUGAGUUUGGCUCGCAGUCUCAAAAACAACACUCUGGCUGCGCAGAAUGUGAUAAAGCAAGAUAACCAGACGCUGUCGCAUUCUCUCCGUAUGGCAGACCAGAACUUCGAGAAGCUCAAGGAUGAAUCUGACCGCCUUGAACAGCAUGCAAAGAAAUCAGUCAACUGGCUAUUAUGGAUAAUGUUAAUUGUAGUUUGUUUUAUAUUUAUCAGCAUGAUUCUCUUUAUCAGAAUUUUCCCAAAACUAAAAUGAGACUUU